UUGUCCGGCUUUGAAACAUAUACCCUGGCGGGUUCAGGCGUUGAGGCAGCGAGUGUUGUGCUUACCUCCAUAUCCAGUCGUGAAAUUGAAUAGUAGUACUAUUUAAUUAGAGCGGACAUGAAAUUCCGGUACGCCAUGGUUUGUUCAUCGAACCAGAACCGGAGCAUGGAGGCCCACUCGCUCCUGAAGAAGCAGGGGUUCGACGUCUCCUCCUACGGAACGGGGGCUCACGUCAAACUUCCUGGACCCUCCCUUAGAGAACCCAACGUCUACGAGUUUGGGACCCCUUACAAGCACAUGCUGGAUGACCUCCGCCGUAAAGACCCCGAGCUGUACAAGCGUAAUGGGAUAUUGCCGAUGCUUAAAAGGAACUCAAGCGUGAAAUUGGCACCCCAACGUUGGCAAGACAAUGCUGCUGAUGGUUCCUUUGACAUUGUUUUCACCUUUGAAGAGAAGGUGUUUGAUAUGGUCAUUGAAGAUCUGCACAACCGGGAUCAAGUUCUCAUGAAAAGUGUGCUGGUGAUCAACUUAGAGGUUAAAGAUAACCAUGAGGAAGCAGCCAUAGGAGCCCGUCUAGCUUUAGAUCUUUGUGAACAGAUUGAAGCUGCUGAGUCAUGGGAGGAAUCAAUUGAUGAUAUUCUGGCUUCUUUUGAGAACAAGCAUCGGCGGAAGCUACUGUAUAGCAUCUCUUUCUAUUGAAGGCAUCCUUGAUAUAUGAAUAAAUUAGUCCCUUGCUUCCCUAGUGCUAAUUUGACUCUUGUUGAUAAUUGUUAUCAUUAACCAAUUAUUCCUUGCGCAUCCCACGUUUUUGUUUUCCCUUUUCAUGUAAGAUUAAUUUUCCCGCACGAUCAUGAAAGAAGACCUCUUUGGAUGAAACUUCUGGGAUCCUAAUAUUGAUUUGAUAAGUGGUUUUAUACAAGUAAUCAUGAAAGAGGAUCGCCUCAGAUGAAACUUCUGGGA